AUGAGUGAAGAUUUGGUGUAUACAUUGGAACGACGAUUUCGACAAGAGCAAUCCUCUUUUGUAGACCCAUUAGAACUUUGCAAAGUUGAGAAAAAUUUGGAUUAUGCUCGGAAAAACCUUUGGAAAGAAGGAAAGUGCCAAUUGGAAAGAGUGGGAGAACCAGAAGGAUUGUCAAUUCGAAUCUUGACUCUCCAAGGACGGAUCAACGAUCUGAGAGUAGCUCUUGAAGCUAAAAUAGAGCAUGAAGAAAACAAUUUUAAGAAGGAACAAGAAAAAGAAGCAGCAUCGACAAUGGAGGAAAUUCGCAAACGGGAAACCCACGAACGACAGCAAGAGCAGCACUUACAAUUUGGUAAUUCACAGCUUCUGAAUCAUCAACGGUCCGUCCAAGCAGAUAUUUCUGACUCUCUACUUCACAUGGCAUCCGCCUUGAAAGAAAAUGCAAUCUCUUUUACAAAUGCUUUGGUAAAUGACAACCAAGUAGUAGGACAGGCGGGCUCUCUGUUAGACAAAAACGCAAAAAGCCUUGACAACACACAUCAAAAAGUGAAAGACUUUACAAAAUCGAAAAAGCUUUCCUUCUGGUUACAGAUCGGAAUGGUUCUCGCCGUGGUCAUUUCGUUCCUAAUUAUGAUGUUUAUUUUACAGUUUACGAAAAACCAAAACUAA